CUUUGACAUUUUAUGCAAGUUGCUCUCGGAGUGGAGACACUCUGGAGUGAACUACUUUACACUCGUUUUCUCGAAAAGGAUGUUUCGUUCUGGAACAAGCAUGCUUACGAAUCGACCCGGAUUCAUUUGCAUGUGAUAAUAACAAACAAAAAAAAGGUUCAUAAUCGUUUGUUAUUUCGCAUAGAGGAGUUUCUGUGCGAUAAGGAAGACAUGUCACCACAACGAUUGCCAAUGUUUACAUGUUCAGCUGUAAGAUGUAAAUCCUUUCCUCGUAGCAGCCAGCUUUCAGCUUUCUGUCUGAAACUACAUGUCUAGCGCUAAGUUGGAAGUAAAGUUGUCUAGCACGCAUUAAGAGCCUUCUGUUGCUCGAGAAGUUUGCUCGAGUUAUGAAUAAAACUUAGAGAAGCAUAUUGAUAUACUUCCAGACUGCUCAAAACCCAAAUCACAGGAAGUAGUUCACUUUGUUCAGAAGCACAGUGGCGAAUUUCGUACAGUACUCUGAUUUUCUGACAGGGAUUUCUGAACCCCACGGCCUCUUCGUCGAGCAUUCUGUCUACUGCACCACAAGCGUUAACGAGGACGUUUGGCGGACGUGCUGGAAGGCAAGAGGUGCAGCAGAUCUUUCUGUACCGUACCCGGGCCGCAGCCGACGCUGCAGAAGGUCGGCGGUCUUUCCCUGCCCCAUAACGUAGCCCAUACGUGCCGAUAGCUUAGCCCGCCCCGCACUCACCAGAAUAGGAAGACAUAGAAUGCGAGGAAAGCAUCACGAGCUCCAACGACAGUCCUACCAUUAGCACCAUGCGUCUUGCCAGAUUGAUCUUACCAUAUUGUAUGCGGGCCUGUAAGGUACCUCGAUUCCAAGUGUUUGCAUACGUAUCCGUCCAAAUUCAAGCCGAAUGGUCUCGCUCUGGACUUUCGUUGUGAGAAGACGAGGUAGAAUAUUCUACCAAUGGGUCAACUAAGGUGGGUGAGAAACCUGUUCCACUGCUGCUGUUUAUACCCCUUCCAACAACACUCGAGUUGCACAUGCUGGCCAGAGAUGUUCGCCACAUGAAUUCGUACGCUCAGACUGAGUACGCCGAAACUAGCGAAAUUCUUCAACCGGACCUUCCCAUUUGGCUGUCGGGAAAUGACUACGGUCACGACGCAGCGAGGGAAGUAUAUGAGAGCCAUGUACUGCAUCGUUGACAACCGGCGUUCCCCACGGUGAAACUUUCCUGCUUGGCUGCCAGGUGUUGGUGGAGUCUGUUCACCAAGAACGUAGGCAUGAGCGAGGCCCAUAAGUUAGUUCCUCCUUUUCCCAUUAUUGUUGGGAAAUUGGAAUUCCCAGCCGGCCCCUGCCCUGCCCUGCCCGCCCAUCCGAGCCCGAGGCCACUUAAUCAUUCAAGGAGAGAUCUGCAGUUCUGUGUGGGGGCGGUGUCAAGAUUAGUAAUCCAGGCCUGGGCUUUGGGUGGGGCCAUGGGAAGGUGGAGGCGAGGCGAGGGUUUAGAGGGGGUCCUAAGAUGGGGAAAGGGAGGGAGCUGGAGGAACGUUGGUCCGGGCUGUGCUGUACUUGUUCUGGGAAGGAAGAAAGGAGGGAGUUUGGAUAGGGCGGGAAAGUGAUGGAGGGAAACCAUAUGCCGCAGCCGCAGGCACCUUGCUCCUCAUGAUCCCGGGGCCAAGAGCCUGUGGCGUUUUGCUGUUGUUGCUGCCCGUGUGUGACUCAACAGAGUCCCUUUGGCUGGGGAAGGGGGGAGGGGGGAGGAAGGGAGGAAGGAGGGGGGAUAGUUAGUUCUACCGUGUUUCAAGAUGUUAUUGUUUAUUUUCAGCCUCCCCACCCCCUCCUCCCUCCCCACUCCCCGCCGUCAGAGUAGUGAGUCUGAGCCUCCUCUUGAAGUCUUAUGUGUAUCUCAUAUAGACACAAACUGCAUGCUCUUGGACUCACUUUCCCAGACCUCUGAAAGAGUGUAGGAGGAGGUGGAGGGAGGGAGGGAGGGAGGGAGGGAGCUCUGGAGUUCCUUGGCAAGGCGGUUUUUGCACAGGCACUGUGAGCACAACAGUGCGUCAUAUGAGCCUUGGAUUGACUUGAGAUGCAAUUGAGGUACUUUUGAGUGGGAAGAGAAUUAUCAAGGUGAGGAACUGCAAGGAAAAGCUCCGGGGGGCAGUUCAGGCAAGCAGUCAAGGAGGGGCGGGCAGAGGACAUUGGCGGGGCUGAUCGUCGUGGAGGGGUGCAGAACAGGUGCGGAUUGUGGUGUGGAGCCUUCAGGAUGGCGGAUGUCAUCGAGGUGUUGCUGUCUGGCUGAUUGAAUUGUCAAGGAAAUUGAAACUUUGGCAACAUUGAAUUCAACCCAUGCCUCCUGCUAAGAAAGUAGGUGCUGGUGCGGCAACCGCACCAGCAUCUUCUCAGCAACGCUCCAUCGCGUCAUUCUUUGAGUCUGGCUCUAAAGCCAAUACUGCUUCCAAGCCCACUGCCUCUGCCAAGAAUACCAAACCAUCUCUGAACAUACCUUCUGUCAAUGAAUCAUCACCUGCUGUGAAGAGGGCCCGAAAUGGCAGCCAAUCAAAAUCCCCUCCCCCAGCCGAUGGAAAUUCUGAAUCAAAACUAGAAGUCCCCGUUUCUCCUGAAAUGAAUGGGAGCAAAAAAGCCUCACCAUCAAAGAAAAAAGUAACCGACGGAGUGCAAACUCCGUCUCCAACAGAAGCUCCCUGCCCAGCGAAAUCUGUCACCAAGUUUUUUGGGAGAAGGGGAAAGAACGCUACCAAAGCAGAAGGGACGGCUGACCUUCCUGCGUUGGAAUCGGCCAAGGCUGGAAAUGGCAGAGGAUCUCCGAACCGAGGAGACUCCGUUGUGGGCAUGAGGCUUAGGGUAUGGUGGCCUCUGGACAGAGUGUGGUAUCCAGGGAGGGUCAAAGCGUUCAAUAACGAGAAUGGUACACAUGUGAUUGCUUAUGAUGACGGGGAAGAUGAGAUUGUGACAUUGAGCAAGGAGAAGCUAGACUGGCUCGACGAGAACGAAGCUCUGGAGGGCUUGCAAAAACUCGCUGGUGCACGCACCAAGCGUCGAGGGUUAAAAGCAGACGAGGACCUGCCUGCAAACGGGAAACGGAAGAAGAGCAGCAGUGAAGAAAGGACCCUCGACAGCCCUAGAAUGCAGCAACCAGAGGAGGAUGGUGGCUCUCCUGAUAAACUUGCAAGAAGGAAUAAGAGGGCUCGGACCACAGCCGACGCCGACAGCCCGGUGAAAUUGACCGUCACGGCAGAUCUAUUCGACGAAGUGGACAUGGCAAUGCCGAAAGAAGAGGAAGUGAAGGUGCGGAGGAGGUUGAAGAAAAAAGUUUCCCCUACCGAGCUGGAACCAAAAGUCGAAGAAGUGGAGAUGCUGGAUGUUGAGGAUCUUGAGGUGGCAACGACAUUAGCUGAGCACAAGCUCAAAGAAUCCAUGGUUGUAGGGAAGAGACCCGGCACCUCGGCCCGACGAUUGCAGCUUGAACAACUUGCUGCACUGCAACAUUCCAGUUCUGAAGAAGAGCAAGAGGAGGAAGAAGACUCUCCUUUGAACGAGACUCUGGCCGAUCUUGCCUCCAAGAAGAUACCAAGCAAGACUGAAAAAUCCUUGGUUAGUCAGAAGACUGCGAAGGAAUUCUUUUCAGAGAAGCUUUCGGGAGCGAGGGCACAGAAAUGCUCAGCGGAUACACAUCCUGGAAGGUUGAAGCCUGUGUCUGAAGUCAAGCAGGACUCAGCCGAGAAAAAGGUGAAAUCGGCCCCAAUUGACAAACAAACUUUAAGAGAAGCUUUGUCUGGAGGCUUGAAGGGUGUUACAUCUCUCGAGAAAGCAGAGGUUUGCAAAAGCCCACAGGAAAUAGAAGCACAACGAUUAGCUCGGGGUGAACUUCAUGCAGCCUUGGUUGGAGAACCGGCUGCACGGUUUUUAGGUCGAGUGGAGGAGAAGUUCAAGUUUCUUGGAAGGAACCGAAAGGAUGCUUCUGGAAGGCGCCCUUCGGAUCCCAAUUACGAUCCUCGAACGGUCUACUUGCCCCAGGAUUUCACGAAGGAACUCUCCGGAGGCCAGCUGCAAUGGUGGGAGUUCAAGUCUAAGCAUAUGGAUAAGGUUCUACUGUUCAAGGUGGGGAAGUUCUACGAAAUGUUUGAAAUGGAUGCCCACAUCGGAGCCCAAGAACUGGAUCUGCAGUACAUGAAGGGUGACCAACCUCAUUGUGGGUUUCCUGAGAAGAACUACGCGGUCAAUGCUGAAAAGCUGGCUCAAAAGGGAUAUCGAGUCUUGAUUGUGGAGCAGACGGAGACGCCUGAGCAGUUAGAACAGAGGAAACGAAAAACCGGUUCUAAGGAUAAGGUUGUGAGACGUGAAGUUUGUGCUGUCAUCACCAAGGGGACGUUAGUGGAUGGGGAUAUGCUAGUUGCAAGGCCCGAUGCGGCAUAUCUUUUGUCAAUCACAGAGCGGGAUUUUCCCUUCAAUGAGGUCUCUGAGAACGGUCUUCCAAUAGCACGUUCAAAGUCUGAAGCACAAGCUUGUAUCAUAGGAAUGUGUACUGUCGAUACUUCAACCAGCCACAUUAUGUUGGGCCAGUUUUGUGAUGACAUGGCGAGAACUAGACUUCGUGGACUGCUAGCAGAAAUAAGACCAGUGGAGGUAAUUAAACCCCAUGGCCUCCUCACGGACGCCACAGAACGUGCUCUGAAGGAUCAUACAAGGCAGCCUCUUGUGACAUCUUUGGCUCCCGGAAAGGAAUUUUGGGAUGCCAAGCGAUCGAUCAGAGAAAUCAUGACAAUAUUUGCAAGUUUUAAACCUGCGGAAAGGGCAUCCCAAAAUCUUCAGGAAAAUGGGAUUGCUGAAAGCGAAGCCGUGACAGAGAAUAAUUGCCUGCCAGAGGCUCUACAAAGAUUGGUAGAAGCGGAUGAACUUGGUGAAUUGGCACUGUCAUCACUAGGUGGCGCUCUGUUUUACUUGCAGCAGGCCCUCUUAGAUCAAACUGUGUUAAGGCUAGGCCGCGUUGACUUGCUCCCCGGUACAGAUUCUUUCAACAUGACAAAACCUUCUGCCACAUGCGAAGGACUAAUCGAGUCUAAUGGAGGACUAUCACCCAUCAAACGGAGCGAGGGAAUUGCUGGCAGUGAUCUAGAGCCUUACUUGUUGAUGGAUGCAACCGCUUUGGAGAAUCUGGAAAUUAUAGAAAACAAUCGAGAUGGUGGGACCCGUGGGACACUGCUGGGGCACUUGGACUACUGUGUGACUCCUUACGGCCGGAGGCUGCUCAAACAGUGGCUUGUUAGACCUCUCAUGCGAGUGGAUUCCAUUGUCAAGAGACAAGAAGCUAUUCACGACUUAAAGACUGUGGCCUCCGAAGCAGCCACGAGUUUCAGAAAGGAGUUGCGGAGUCAACCUGAUAUGGAGCGAUUUCUUUCAAGGUUGCACGCGUACAGUGAUGAAAGCGGGAGGAAUGCUCAGAAAGUUGUGCUGUAUGAAGAUGCCGCGAAGAAACUUUUGCAAGAACUGCUGGCUACUCUCCGUGGAUGCCAGGCACUACUUCAAGCUGUCAAGAGUUUCGAAGUCGUUCUUCCUGAGUUAUCCUCUGAUCGCUUGAAGCAGUUAAUUAGCCCAGACGGAGGACUUUCCGAGAUGUUCAGUAUCAUUGAAAACUUUGAGACAGCUUUCGACUGGGAUGAAGCCGAGACAACGGGCCGUAUUGUUCCUAGUGUCGAAGGUGUUGAUGCAGAAUUUGACGAGGCGGACUCCACAGUCAAAUCAGUUUCCGAAAAAUUGUCAGAUUACUUGAGCAAGCAAAGGAAGAAGUUUGGUAACUCCUCUGAGAUCAAUUAUGUCACUGUCGGCAAAGAAGCCUAUCAGAUGGAGGUUCCAGAAGAAUUGCAUGCGAAGGUGCCUGCCAGCUAUGAAGUACGAUCUUCACGAAAGGGUUAUCGGCGGUAUUGGACACCCGAGAUCAAAGAACUUCUGCAGGAUUUGACAGCCGGCGAGCAGCAGAGAGAACAAGCACUUCAAGGCAUACUUAAAGGUCUUGUGAAACGCUUCUGUGGACAUUAUCAGAAGUGGCUGUUUCUGAUCAAGUCAGUUGCAGAGCUGGACGUGCUAAUAAGUUUAGCAGAGGCAAGCGAGUACGCUGCUCCAACUUGCAGGCCAUCAUUUGUCUCGGCGGAUCCCAACUCAAGUGCAUCUUACCAAACCCCGAUGAUCUCCGCAAGAAGUCUUCGGCACCCAACGCUUAGACUUAAUGGAGGUGGUACAGUUGUUCCGAAUGAUAUUGAGCUGGGCGGUAGCCAUACAUCCUUCAUGUUGCUGACAGGACCAAACAUGGGUGGAAAGUCUACUCUUAUUAGGCAAGUCUGCCUCGCAGUUAUUCUUGCUCAGAUCGGGGCGAAUGUGCCUGCAGAGCAAUUUGAAAUGAGCCCAGUUGAUAAACUGUUCGUCCGAAUGGGCGCAAGGGAUCAUAUAAUGGCUGGCCAAAGCACGUUUCUUGUAGAGAUGUCAGAGACUGCAGCAAUGCUGAGAGGUGCUACCAGCAAUUCUCUUGUAGCUUUAGACGAACUGGGACGUGGCACUUCAACUGCAGACGGGCAGGCGAUAGCGCACGCCGUAAUGGAACGUCUAGUCAGCGAUGUUGGUUGUAGAGGAAUGUUCUCCACACACUAUCAUAGGCUUUCGACGCACUACUCUGUCACUGAUUCGAAGGUCGGGCUCUAUCACAUGUCGUGCACGGUUGGGACUGAGGCUGGUGGCCUUGAGGAAGUCACAUUUUUGUACAAAUUGGCGCCUGGACCUUGUCCAAAGAGCUAUGGUGUAAACGUCGCUCGGCUGGCUGGUAUCCCGGAACCAGUACUUGAAAGAGCAGCUGCGCGAUCUGCAGAAUUGGAGUCUUCUUGGGCUGAAAAGGACGGGAGCCGCACUGAAGAUAAAUUAGACGUAGAAGUGCAAGGGUCGACCCCCUCCGAUUCGAAGUUCCCAACGGAAGUGCUGGCAUUUAUCAAGAAACUACUCGACGACCUAGACAAGGGCGGUAAUCCCGAUGAGUUUAUGUCUUCACAGGAGGCAGUACACCUGCUUUUGAAGCUCAAUAAUAAGGAGCUUUUAUAGAUUAAGAAGGGCAAAAGUCCAUGAAUCAGGCGAUAAGCCUCUGUGUUCCUAAUUUUGAAACCUUGAAGAAGCUGGUGGUGGUUAGCCGUAUGAGUAGAGAGAGAAGAGAGCGCAGGGAGUCAUCACAACUUCGGGAAGGAACCUUAUCCCAUCCUGGGAAUGUAGCUGUCUUGCGGAUAGUAAGUGUACAGUUAUUGUACUACCCAAGAACUGCUACUUACAUAGCCAUUAUGGUGGACAUGGCAUGUAGCACUGGACAGAUUGUUGUAAUUCGUUGCAAUCAAAUCAAGUUGUACAUGGAUAUUCGUUGUGGCAGGUACCACUGUGUCCUGCUGGUAAGUCCUGGAUGCUGCAAAACCGAUCUUUUGUACCUGAGACGAUUUCUCUCUCGCAACAGCUCCCACCACCUCCCUGUCCGCUGGCUCUCUGAGAAAGCCCAUUUUCCCAACGUCGACUCUCUGCCCUUCCUCCAUCCACAACAGUCUUAUCUGGUACACUCUUGCUCGAGGACACCAUCACAACACCAAGCUGGCAUUAUUGUUCCUCGAAAUGAUCUUUGGCAAUGGGAGCCGAGUACACGCCAAGGUGUGGCGUCAAGUGGCAGAAGAAGAACCUCGGAAUGUCCAGACCGCAGCCUGCCACCCCCCAGGGGGACUGACUUUACCACAUGUUUACCCGGCUGCCCGAAGGCAUGGAUCAGCGCCAAGUACAAGCCUCGUUGAGAACAGGUGGGCUCUCUGUACCGGUAAUAUCGGUUCCGACACACUCGCAGUCGAGGAUCCCACGCCCCCAGCAGCGCAUGCCCAACGUCUCGUGUCAGUCCGGAUGAGCAUAACGUUGGGGGCGCAGCUGCCAUGUUACGGUACGAGGAGGACGAGGCUCGACAUACACGGAGAAAGGCCUGGCGGAAUGUACGCGCCGGUAAGCAAGGAACCGACCCAACAAAUUGGGAGAGCCGACCGGUACGACAGCCCUUGCGCCCCCCCGGGUUGACCGAUGGGGGAGAUCUGCGGCCCCCAUCGACGCAGGCAUGAUUGCCGAUCCCGCGCAGCAUUCCUAAACUCCCCUCCCUCCCUCCGUCCGACACGCUCGUACGCAGCAGCGACGACAAGAGGAAUGGCCGGGGGCAGAGAGAGAUAGAGAGAGAGAGAGAGAGAGAGAGGGGGAGGGGGGAGGAUGAAGGGAGUUUGGUAAGCAUGCAUCGGAUGCCAGAGGGGGCCUUGAAGUCGCAGGGUUUACCUUUGGUGCAGUGGAGUCGUGUGGAAGUUACGUACGGAAAAGGACGAGUUCGGG